AUGUCAGACCACCAGUACAAGUUCAAUGUGACCAUGACCUGCGGCGGAUGCUCCGGCGCCGUCGAGCGAGUCCUCAAGAAGCUGGAAGGCGUCAAGUCCUUCGACGUGAACCUCGAGUCCCAGACCGCCAACAUCACCGCCGAUCCCGCGCUCUCCUACGAGACCGUGCUGGCCACCAUCAAGAAGACGGGCAAGGCUGUGAACAGCGGAGAGGCCGAUGGAGAAAGUAAAUCUGUCUAA